AUGUUUUGUUGUUUAGGCAGGAAAAAACGGGACAAUAAUGAGAUGGAAAAAAAGAAUUCAAAAAAAGAAAUGGUGGAAAGAUUCAUAUUGCAGAAUUGCAAAUCUAAUGAUGAGGUAUUUUGUCAUUUAAAAUUGAGGAUUCUUUUGAUGAGUCUAUAGAUAAAAGCAAUAUGAUUAUAAUUGAUUAUGAUAAUAAUCAGUAUGAAAAGAAACCAUGGUCAGGUAUUCAAUGGCAAAUGAUUAUACAAACCAAGAAUUUAAAUCAAAUUGAAUUGUAAAUUUGAGUCACUAAUUUGAGAGAUGAAUUAAAAAGAAAUGUAAGAUUCGGAAUUCUUAAUAACCUAAGACCAGCAACUUGGUUUUGGAUGACAGAUAUAAAAAACACCUAAAUGAAAAAGCAUACAUCAAAUAUUUAUUAAAAGUUGAAGUCUUGCGAGUCUCAAUAUGAUUCACAAAUUUUUAAAUGUAUUAAACAAUUGGAUAAGAAAGUAUAUUUCUUACUUAUUUAAGUACAAUGAUUUAGUUUUUGAUAUUUUAAGAGCAUAUGCAAACUAUGAUGUUGAGAUUGGAUUUAUUAAAGGAAUUGAUCAAAUUGUUGAAUAUUUAGUGUAAUAAUUGGAUCCAGAAUAAUAUAUCAAUUUGGAUUACUCUUUCAAUUAAUUAAAUAGAAUGUGUGAUUUUUAUGAACAAAUGGUAUUUUGGAUGGCUAUACAUAUUCUAUUCCAUUUGAAUUACAGAAGGAUAUUAAAAUAAAAUAUUAGUUUUAUAGAAACCGAAAAAUUUUAAAACACCCUUAUGCCUUCCAUAAAAUGUGUAAUUGAAUAACUCGGCGUUAAAAUAAGUGAGUUAAUUGAAGUUCCGUUGUUAUUUUUUUUUUAGAAACAAUUCAAAAAGGAUGACUUUACUAAAUUAUUCGAUGUUUUCCUUUUUGAAGGAGAAUGUAAGACAAUUAUUAUUUAAUAUAGCAAUUCUAUUGCAAAUAUUAUUGAAAUUUUUUAAAAUAUCGGAAGAUUUGGUCUGUUAAUUUUAAGCAGAAGCGGAUCUGAAAGUUUUCUUAAAUUAAACUUUAAUCCCCUAUGGGAUUUCUAAAAUAGAAAAGACUAAUUAAAAAUUAAUGUAUUUUCUAUUAUGA